UAUAUACCUAAAAAAUUCUACACGAAACGUACAUACAUAACACUACUUAGCGAAAAGUUCGGGGGGUCAGGCGCCCCUCCUGGCCCCUUGAAAGCUACGCCCUUGUCUGUGUGUUUUUAUGUCUCUAUUAUACGUUAUCACUAAUUUCCAGUUUGGUAGCUUACUAAGCAUGUUUUUAGUACACUGUGUUUUUUCUGUACUUAUGCAUGUGAUUGUAUUCUUGUACUUAUGCAUACGUGUCGUGUUAUGAUGUUAUUAUAUCUGCUUCAAUCAUUUCUAUGUUACUCUUUCGCCACUCUUAUACAUGUGGAUAGAGGUAAAGUUUGCCUACAUCCCACCCUCCCCAGACCCUACCAAUAGCUUUGUGAUAUGUGGAAUUUACUAGGUACGGUUGUUGUUGUUGUUGUUUUUUGUUUUUUUAGUUACUAUGUGCGUAUGUAUGUUUUUAUGGGACUUUGACGUCUGGAUAUAGCUUUGGAGCUAUGGGUCUCCUGGAAGCAGUCUCUUUAUCCCGUGGAUAGAGGGAAUAAGGUUGAUGUAAGCGUUGAGGAUGGUCAUAUGAUUGCUACGGCUUUUGAUUACACCGAAGAAGAGGAAACCCAAAUUGUGAAUAUGGAUGAAGAAACUGAGGAACUGGAUAUUACUAAUUUUGCUGGUGAUUUGCGAGCGCUAAUGGUAGAAGACAGCGACGAUGUAAUCGCGUUGGAUAGUGAAGAUGAUGAAGUGAUAUCUGAGCCGAAAGACGGAAAAGUUAGAGGAUCUUUGUGGCGACGCGUUAGUGCAGUUGGUGUACAAUCAUUUGAGGUUAAGUCAUCCGCAGGAAGCAAUUUGACCGACAAAGUAACCGGUAACGGUCCCAACUCUCUUCAACACACGCGAUAUCAAGAAACACUAACUGGGAUGUCAAGUGAGAAAAAUAUAAUAUCGAAUAACGAAAAUGUAGCAAACGUUGAUCAAGACCAGAAGACCUAUAGUAACAAUUUUGAGAACGCAAAUGAAGCAGUUAACGAAUCUCCAGAACCCGGGGAGUCAACACAAGCUGAUGCGUUAAAAUUUGUGGAUCAUUAUCUUUCAGUUAGUGUCGAAAAUUCGUCUCCAGAAGUCAAGAUUCCGAAAACUAUUGGGCUACAAUCACCUUUUACUUCAUUUGCAAAAGGGUCCCACGAGUUGGCGAAAAAAGCCAAUCGUAUGAACCGAAUCGGCAUCUCAACCUUCGAUUGGGAUGGUAAUCAGCCUGAUUCGGAUGAAAGAUUAUUUGAUCAACACGUUGAGGAAGAAUUACCAAAAUGCCCCCCGGAAAAGGAUACGUUUGAUGUUAGUUUCAACACUCAAAUGGCGGCUGAAGUUAUGGAAUCUUUUCUGUGUGCCCCACCUCCCGCUAUCUAUGCUAAUGAAAACGAAGAUACGAACAAGAAAACGCUGAAACAGUUUUCUUCGCCGUUAAGAGAUGUAAUAAAUUUGAACGAAAACGGGGAUACUAAAAAACAAAAAGAGUUGAAUGUAGAAUCAUCGACUGGAAAUUUGAAGGUGCGUGAUAAAUCUUCGAAAGUUGUUACCAAAAGGAAGCAAAAUCAAGAUUUGGAAAAGGAAAAUAUCCGAUUUGUUUAUAAACGACGUGGGUCCCUCGGUGAAAACCAAAAGGUUAAAACGUUUUCACCUGUGGCUAGUAGAACGAGGCGCGGGUCAACAGUAAAAAUUCCAAAGAGGACUCGGAAUUUAUGUGAUCUUGAAUAUAUUACACAUGAAAGAAAAACAGGCGAUUUAGAUACAAUAUCUGGUAAUAUAAAGUUUGAAGCAUGGAACUGGCCCAAAAAGAAAAGAACACGUAGAAAUAUGAGGCAAAAUGCAGCGUUAAGUGGCAAUACAGUUUCAGUUGUGGGUCCCAGUGGGACAGACGGGAACUUUAGGGAAGCGUUUUUGAUGUCAAGUGUAAAGAGGAAAGCACGAUCCGGUUCCAGGUUUAGAUCAACGGCUGGGAUUAACUCUUGGAAAGGAUCGUUGAUGCAGAAAGUGGAAGUUCGUGUAUUGUUCAGCCAAAAUCUUGAUGAUGCCGUGGUUAAACAGCAGAGAAAGAUAAUGAAAAAGUUGGGAAUUUCAACAGCAAAAGAUUGCUCAGAUGCGACACAUUUUGUGGCCGAUAGAUUUGCAAGAACAAAGAAAAUGUUAGAAGCAAUGGCGUUUGGCAAACCAAUUGUGACACCCUUGUGGCUUGACGGCUGUGAGCAAGCAACAUGUAUAAUUGAUGAAAAUAAUUACAUACUCAGGGACGCUAAAAAGGAAAAAGAAAUCGGCUUUAAUAUGCCUGUUUCAUUGUCUCGUGCAAGAUCGCAUCCGCUUCUGAAGGAUCAGAGAGUCUUCAUUACGUCAAAUGUAGAACCUGACAGAGAAAUGAUUAAAAAAUUAGUCGAAGCAGGUCAAGGCCAGGUUAUUGAAGGUGUUCAGCAAGCUAGCACGGAGUACAAGAUCUCAAAUAGUCUUUUAAUAUUGUCUUGUGAAAAAGAUUAUGAAGAAUGUGUUCCAUUUUUAGAAAAAGGUGCAGCGGUUUACAGUGCAGAACUCUUACUAAACGGGAUCAUUGUUCAGAAACUGGAUUAUGCAAGGCACCGACUCUUCAAUGGGCAUGUAAAAAUGAAGCAGUAUGCCAGAAAAAGAAGGAGAAAUGGGAUCCAGCAUCUUCAUGGUGGAUAGUUACAAAUCUUUUGUAUAUCUGUGCUUAUAUUUUUGUGAGUUAGUUGUCAAAAUGGCCAGUUUUGAAACAUGGUUUUUGUUAAUAUUUUGUUACAAAUGCCAGAUGCCAUUUUGAUUCUUAUCAAACAGUUGACCCAAGAUUACUAAACAAACAACCCGUUCCGUUGUUCCGUUUGUACAUAUAAGUAUGAAAUUCAGAGAAGAAGCAAUGACUGUUUGGC